CGUCAGGCAAAAAGCAGACUAAUGCUAGUCAAAGGAGUCACCACGUAUAUUUCUAUAUAAUGGCUCUGUGGUCUGAAACGAGCAUGUUAUCUAGUACUAUUACUUUGUCUAUUCAGACUGUUUGAAUCAUCCAAGUUAGCGUAUACUCAGCACACUCCACACAUUAGUACUCCCCUUCCUCAAGCACCAUGGCAAACGUGGAAACAGCUCUCAGUCUUUUCCAAUUUUCUAUCGAGACCCUGGGCCGCAUCCAACUCGCGCGCGAGUUCCAAGACGACUUUGACACGCACCAGUUGAAGCUCGACAUUAUCCAGCUUCGACUUUCCCGCUGGGGCGAACUUGCCGGAAUUAGCACGGUUGACAACGCUCAAAAGAACGCAAAUGAAUCUCAGCAUCAGGCUACUCUGACCGCGGUAAAGACCAUCCUCGGCGAAAUUCAAGACUGCCUGGUGAAGGCUCGGCGGGAGGCGGAAAAGCUUCGUAAGAAGCUCGAUCUCCACGGCGCUGAAGCGCUUGAUCCAGAAUCAUGCCUGCCUAUCGAUUUGAAGAAGAUUCGGACCCGGUUCAUGGAGUCACUUCGAAAACGAAAAGUGCAGGCCGUCAAGGUCGGCGAAAGCAUCAAAUGGGUCUUUUACAAAAAGGAGCAUUUUGACAAGUUUGUGGCGAACAUUUCUGAGCUUCUCGACGGGCUUGAGAAGACUAUCCCUGAGGAGGAUCGCGAGAAGCUCCGUCAGCUUAGUGAUGAAGAGUGCAAAGGGAUCAGCAAGUCUAAUAUGGAGGAGCUCAAGGAUAUUGUUGAAGGAUGCGAUCCAUGGCUGGAGAGCUCUGUUGAUGAGAAGCUUGCCAGUGGCGCUGGGACUGUUAUUAACCAGUCUCAUAAUACCGGCAGUACAGUUGGAAUCCACCAUGGCGAUAACAAAGGUGUUAGCUAUGGUGCUAAUAGCACGCAGACAAACACAUUCAGCUAAUUAGGCCGUCGACGGUUAGCUAUAGUGAUGGUUCUAUUAUUAUUGGUUAUUUUGCACAUCAUUUAUCAGCUAUACUUCAUUUAUCUUAUUUCCAAAGCAAAUAAUUAUGUCUAUGCC